GAGUAGAGAGAAGCUUCAUAGAUAAUCAAGCAGCAGUGCACUCUGGGCCUCUAGAGGGACACGUCUGUGCCACCUCAGCAAGAACUGACUCUCCUCCCGAGGGGCUGCUCAUGCCUCCAGCUGGGAGACACGGAUUUCUAAAUUCAGUGUGCUAAGACUUAAUCAACAGGUUAGCUGAAAGCUCUUUGCUCCUGCCUGAGGGCCUGGCCUCAAACUCCGGUGACCAGAGCUGAGAAACAGGAAAACAAACUCUGGACUUUUGCUGCUGCUUCUUCUGCAGUUUUGGGAUUAUUGAGAAAAAUCAUCUGGCCAUACUGGAUGUAAAACAGAUGGCAAAACUGCUUCCUCCCAAGUUCAGCUGUGCAUGAAAGGUAUUUAUGUGAACAUGCACUCAAAGCUGUUUAUCAGUGCUUAAAACUGAACAAGCUGUGUGGGAGCUGCUCGGACCACUGUUAACUUGCUGGUAAAGGUGUGAAGCUGUGUGCAUGAAACAGGUCAGAAGUGCUGUGACUGUGUGUGUUUGAGUGUGUGGGUGUGUGUGUUUGAGGUGUUGGGGCCCUGUGGAAGUCGUAGCCCUGGAUUUCUUAGAGAUGGAGGGUCAUGGUUAUGACCGGUUUGGAGAAGGGGACAGAGACACUUACCAAAUCGACUACCGGAGGAUCGUUGGGGACAUGGAACCAGCGCGGCCUCGCAUCUUAAACAGAGAUGGGGAACAACCUCUUCCCUACGGGGCCUAUGUGCCCCCCUCACCACAUGGACAUGGGCAUGAGACUGCAGCCCAGCGCUACAGUGCUACACGUAUCCAAGCUGGAUAUGAACCAGAGAGCAUGGCAGACUACUUGAUCAGUGGAGGCACAGGUUAUGUUCCUGAAGAUGGACUAACAGCACAACAACUCUUUGCAAUCGGCGAUGGACUUACAUACAAUGACUUCUUGAUCCUGCCUGGUUUCAUAGAUUUUACUUCUGAUGAGGUGGAUCUUACCUCUGCAUUGACAAGAAAGAUAACACUGAAGACACCUCUCAUUUCAUCUCCCAUGGAUACAGUCACAGAGUCAUCCAUGGCCAUCGCCAUGGCAUUGAUGGGUGGGAUUGGAAUAAUUCAUCAUAACUGUACUGCUGAGUUCCAGGCCAACGAGGUCCGCAAAGUCAAGAAAUUUGAGCAGGGCUUCAUUACAGACCCAGUGGUGAUGAGUCCUCGACACACAGUGGGGGACGUGUUUGAGGCAAAGACACGCCAUGGUUUCUCUGGGAUCCCUGUUACAGAGACUGGCAAGAUGGGCAGCAAGCUGGUCGGUAUAGUCACCUCCAGAGACAUAGACUUCCUGUCUGAGAAGGACCAUGACAAACCCCUGGAGGAAGCAAUGACAAAAAGAGAAGAUUUAGUUGUUGCCCCUGCUGGAGUCACACUGAAAGAGGCUAAUGAUAUACUGCAACGUAGCAAAAAAGGUAAGCUCCCCAUAGUGAAUGACAGUGAUGAGCUGGUUGCCAUUAUUGCAAGGACCGACUUGAAAAAGAACAGAGAUUAUCCUCUGGCUUCCAAGGACUCUCGCAAACAGCUGCUGUGUGGAGCUGCUAUUGGCACGAGGGAGGACGACCAUUACAGACUGGACCUCCUCAUGCAGGCUGGAGUAGACGUGGUCGUUCUGGAUUCCUCCCAAGGAAACUCAGUGUAUCAGAUCAACAUGAUAAACUACAUCAAACAGAAACAUCCUGAACUACAGGUAGUCGGAGGAAAUGUGGUGACAGCUGCUCAGGCCAAAAACCUCAUUGACGCUGGUGUAGACGCCCUGAGAGUGGGCAUGGGAUGUGGCUCCAUCUGUAUCACACAGGAAGUGAUGGCAUGUGGACGGCCCCAAGGAACAUCGGUGUACAAGGUUGCAGAGUAUGCUCGACGUUUUGGAGUGCCAGUUAUUGCUGAUGGAGGCAUUCAAACUGUUGGACAUGUUGUGAAAGCUCUGGCUCUGGGAGCAUCUACAGUGAUGAUGGGGUCGUUGCUCGCAGCAACCACUGAAGCCCCAGGAGAAUAUUUCUUUUCAGACGGUGUGCGUCUGAAGAAGUACAGAGGAAUGGGCUCCUUGGACGCCAUGGAGAAAAAUAACAGUCAGAAACGCUACUUCAGCGAGGGAGAUAAGGUGAAGGUGGCUCAAGGUGUCUCAGGAUCAGUAACAGAUAAAGGCUCCAUCCAUAAGUUCGCUCCUUAUCUCAUUGCUGGUAUCCAACAUGGCUGUCAGGACAUAGGAGCCAAGAGUUUGUCGAUUUUAAGGUCCAUGAUGUACUCUGGGGAGCUGAAGUUUGAGAAAAGAACCAUGUCUGCUCAGAUGGAAGGAGGAGUCCACGGCCUUCACUCAUAUUCUUUUGUGCCAUUUACGAGAAACGACUUUACUGAGAGUGGAGGAAGAGGAAACACUCGCCCAGGACCAAAUGUCCCGAUCCCAGCAGCUAUGAGCAGAGGCACCGGGCGCAUGUGAUCAAGCUCAGCACCAUUUACACUCCAACACUGUCUUGUCUAUUCAUUGACCCCUCCCAAGAUAAACAAAACAAAACACCUUAAAGUGAAUUUGAAGAUUCAUCUUUGCACUCUUUCAACCACUCAUGUCCCCACAUAAACUCGUUAUCUGUCUUUCUACCCGUGGGGCCAAGGUCUAGUUAAGGUAAUGCAAUUAACUAUUCUCUUGAUCCCCUUCAACAAGCAAACUGAUUUAAUUAACUACUUUAGGACAAGCUUAUCAUUGCUGACGUAAUAAAAGGCCCCUUUCUUGUUGGCCUUCAAACUCUACCAUAUAGAUACUGGAUUGUACAACAAGGCUUGCAGAGGUGCAGCCCUAUGCCU